AUGAUCUCCCGGGCAGCAUUAGGAGUGUUGCGGUCGAGGGGGGUGAUCCUUCCCCUCUCCUCAGCACUGGUGAGGCCACGCCUGGAGCGCCGUGUCCAGCGCUGGGCUCCCCAGUACAAGGGAGACACGGACAUACUGGAGAGAGGCAAGCCCUAUGUCUUCGACCGUGUCUUCCCCCCCAACACCACCCAGGAGCAGGUCUACCACGCCUGUGCCAUGCAGAUCGUCAAGGAUGUGCUGGCCGGGUACAACGGCACCAUCUUCGCCUACGGGCAGACGUCAUCGGGCAAGACCCACACCAUGGAGUUGCAUGACCCCCAGCAGAUGGGCAUCAUCCCGCGCAUCGCCCAGGACAUCUUCAACCACAUCUACUCCAUGGACGAGAACCUCGAGUUCCACAUCAAGGUUUCUUACUUUGAAAUUUAUCUGGACAAGAUCCGGGACCUGCUGGACAUGACCAAGACCAACCUGUCGGUGCACGAGGACAAGAACAGGGUUCCCUACAGAUCAAAAAAAAGGCCGGCUCGGAGGGGCUGCACCGAGCGCUUCGUCUCCAGCCCCGAGGAGAUCCUGGACGUGAUCGAUGAGGGGAAAUCCAACCGGCAUGUGGCUGUCACCAACAUGAACGAGCACAGCUCCCGCAGCCACAGCAUCUUCCUCAUCAACAUCAAGCAGGAGAACGUGGAGACAGAGCAGAAGCUCAGCGGGAAGCUCUACCUGGUCGACCUGGCUGGGAGUGAGAAGGUCAGCAAGACAGGGGCUGAGGGGGCUGUGCUGGAUGAGGCCAAGAACAUCAACAAGUCGCUGUCGGCACUGGGCAACGUCAUCUCGGCCCUGGCCGAGGGCACGAAGGCCUACGUGCCCUACCGGGACAGCAAGAUGACGCGGAUCCUGCAGGACUCGCUGGGGGGGAACUGCCGCACCACCAUGUUCAUCUGCUGCUCCCCCUCCAGCUACAAUGACGCCGAGACCAAGUCCACCCUCAUGUUCGGGCAGAGGGCCAAGACCAUCAAGAACACGGCGUCGGUGAACCUGGAGCUGACAGCCGAGCAGUGGAACAAGAAGUAUGAGAAGGAGAAGGAGAAGAACAAGGCGCUGAAGGAGACCAUCGGGAAGCUGGAGGCCGAGCUGAGCCGCUGGCGGAGUGGGGAGGCCGUGCCCGAGACAGAGCAGCUGAGCGGGCCUGAGGCGGAGGCCGGGACAGGCGAAGGAACAGGUGAGGGGACAGGGACAGGAUCCGUUGGCGAGACACCCCUCAAUGACAACAGCUCCUCCAUCGUCAUCCACAUCUCCGACGAGGAGCGCCGCAAGUACGAGGAGGAGAUCCGCAAGCUCUACAAGCAGCUGGAUGACAAGGCCGAGGACACCGGCCGCCACAACCGCCGGCUGGCUGAUGAGCUGGCCCGCACCGAGGUGACCCCCCCGGGACCCCCGGCUGAGACCCCCGGCAGGCACCCAACUGGGAUUCCCAAUGGGAUCCCUACUGGGAACCCCACUAGCCCCCACUGGGAACCCCAAAGUGGCUUCUCAACUGGGAACCCCACUGGGACCUUACUGGGAACCCCAAUUGCCGGCCCAGCUGGGAUGUCUACUGGGCCCAGCUGGAAUCUCUACUGGGAUCCCCACUAG